UGAGCACGUGACAUGCGGAAGCGUCGCAGUCUCAAGCAUGUCUUAUCUGCGUGACCUACACAAGUUAAGCUGUGUUUAAGAAUAAUAAAAUGAAUUGGUAAUGCUUGUAGAGCUGUCAUUAAAAAGCUAAAAUGGACCCCAACUUACAGUACUGGCAAAACAAUGGACAGUCUUUUCUGAGCAGACUGCGUCUCUGGUUCAACAUCCUCGACCCCCGUUUAGUGUUGUCAUCACAGGCUGAAAUUGAGGAAGCCCGGACACUUCUUCAGAAAGAGGGAAAUACACAGAGAAAUGAAAAAGUUGCUAAUGCCUGGUUACUGUCUCUUUCUUCUGUCCAUGCUGAUACUGGAGCUGUAAUCUCACCAGUUUUUCGUCCUCAAGGUUUUCUGCCUAUAUCUGCUCCAUUGGUUAUUGCAAGUUUAAUACCUCACAAAGGCAUUAAACCUGCUUUGUUUUGGCAAUUUUUGCUUCAGACAUACUGUGCAGGAUUCAACCAUUCUAACAGAAAUGCAACAGCGACUAAGGAUAACAAAACAUCAAUGAAGCAGUCACUUCUUAUCGUUGGAACAGUUUCCUACUCAACAUUUGCAGGGGCUCUUCCACAGAUUAUACUCCAGCGUUUUAGACUCUUCAGUGCUGUGACUGAGACCAUCUGUAGAUCCUUUUUACCUAUUCCUCUCUCAGCCUGUCUAGCUGCAUUCAGUGUAAUGGUGGUGAGAAGUGAAGAGUCCGAGAACGGAAUACAAGUGUUUGAUUCUAACGGGAAUGCUGUCGGAGCCUCAAAGGAAGCUGGUUCCAAGGCCAUAAAGGAAACAGCCCUCUCAAGAGCGGCUCUCUUUGGCACCACUGCAGCUGUUCCCAGUUUUCUGCUGGCUCUUCUUAAAAGGGCAAAGUUUGGCCAAAGAAACCCAAUGAUAAUCGCUCCUGUUCGGCAUGUCAGUACUGCCAUUAUUUUUGGCCUGAUGAUUCCUGUGUCCUUCAGUCUUUUUCCACAGUUUGGCAAGAUAAAGAGGGAGAAUUUAGAAAAAGAGUUUCAGUCACUUGAAAGUAAUGGGGAACUGUUUUACCACAGAGGACUGUAAAGUUGCUAUUGCAAACUUGCUUAUUUGAGGGUGACUUUUAUUGACAGGGUUUGCUGACAUGAAAUGACAAUGGAAACAAUACAAUAUUAAGUUAACUGCAUUUUGACAAAAAAUUCAAAAUGGUGUCCACUAGAAGUAUGAAAAACAUGCACUCUUUUUCCCCCAAAAGGGUUUAUGAGCUACUAAUUAAUGCUGCACUAAUACGUAAUGACCAAAUUAAGAAGUACAGCUGUACGGUUUUGGAUUCAUAUGAAUUUAAUAGCUGAAUUCACUGCAUUGAAAUGGAUUUUACCAAAUAAUGCCAAUAAAACUUAAACAGUUAUACCCUCA